AUGGCGGUUGCGGCGGUGAAUAACGAUUUCUUGGGGAGGGUGGGGAAAGGGGUGUUAGGUACUACGGCGAGGGAGUUAGCAGGCUGGGUUUGUAAAGGGGAUCAGAAUGACAGGGGGUUGAGGAGGGAGGUGACGGGUUGUAUACAACGGGCGUUGGAGGCUGGUGGAGAGGAGGGGGUGGUGGGGGAGGGGAGUUUGGAGUUAGUCAAGGUUAUUAUGGCUAAUACGGAGGUGGUGUUGAGGGGGGUGAGGAGGGGGUUAGGGGUGGGGGAUAUUUGGGUUGGUGAUCAUGGGGAGGGGGAGGUCUGGGAGGAUGAUUUUGGGGGGGUUGUUUUGGGAGCUUGA